AUGACGGACCGCGACAUAGACUCAGAGUCGUCGCAACCUCGGAAGAGGAUUGCAGUAGCAGUUUCUUCACUCGAGACUCCUUUUAAGAACGAUGGGAACGAUUUCGGAUAUAAUCUCGAGGCAGCCCGGCCAUAUAGUAACCAAUCCCGCGUCUCCGUGUCACAGCUGAGUCCUAUAUCACAAUACCCUGCAGACAUAUCCGGCGGAGAUGUCAUAACUUCGUACCGCCAAAACCAAUAUCAGUACGGGGGUAAGGGAUAUUAUUCUAUGUCGGGGUGGACGAACGGAUAUGGAGACGAAGUGGAUUACGGCCUCAACUACCCCUACCCAAUACUUGGCCAAGACGCCGCUCAUAUGGUGCAAAGCUAUGGGCGGUACGGUUCUGGGAAGCCUGUUUACGUGGAUCCUGAAGCGCCAUCUUACUCAUACGGCAGCUUGGUGCACAGGCCGGCAGUAAGCAGCGAAUCCCCUACCGGCUUCUCGCUUUCGGGGAUGGCUGCUUCCCUUCCAUCGGCGACCGAUCGAGUCGUGCCAUCAGACCGUCUGCUGCCACAAGUUAAUCGGACUCUGACAGGUUCUUCGACCUAUCGCGCAGAAGGUCUCCCGUCGUAUAACAACUCGAAGACUUCUCCGACAAGCACAAUACCUGAUGUCGGCUACGGCGGCUUAAGCUCUAGCUAUGACCAGUCGUAUUCCGCUGCCCCCAGCUCGCUUCCACCGAGCAUCCCACACAGAUUAUCCGGGCAGAAUGACGGCGCCGCUUACCAGUCGAGUGCGACCGCCGCCGCCGAGGGGAUAUACGCGUCUAGCGAUCACCCCCUUCGGUCUACCGAGGACACCAACUCGGUGAGCUAUAUCUACAGCGACAAAACGGAUAGUUCUCGAAGGGACUCCCAGUCGAGCGGUGGAGGAAGCAGUGGUUCCGUGCUACCGAACGGCCACAUUUACGUGCCCGACUCCCACGUGUCAUCAUCCCAGAGCUACUCAUCGCAAAGCAGCACAUUGGAUGGAGCUACCACGUCGACUGGCCGAGGGAGUGGCAGUAGCGUGUCUUCCCACAUGCAUACGGACACCCACCGGCGAUCUGCGGGAAACCUCCGUGGGGGAUAA